UUCCUUGCUCUCUUCUCCCCUGUUUAGCACUCCAAGAAUUAACCACAUCACCUCUGAACACCCCAGAGAGGAGAAAUUGGGUGCUUCAGCAGAAUGACCUGGGAAAGGGAACCAGUUGAAGGGGGAGAGGAAAACUGAUCAGUGGUGAUUUCUGAAAUUGUGACCAGCAGCUUGAAAAUCCUACAAAAUGGAUGAAGUUUACAAGAUCUCUUCAACCGAGAGAGUCCAGCAGGUAGAGAAAGAACUAGCUGUGCAGCUGGCUGAACUAAACACAGAAAUUGAAGGAAAUGGAGUCUUACAAGGAACUCCACAUUGCUCUGUGCCCCUUCCAAAAGAUGUUGAUUAUUUCAGAAGAGAAAGAGAGUGGAUACUGAAAAAAUGUUUACAGGUUACAGAGGCAAAGCCUCUUGUAAUUCAGACUGAUGUCAUGCAGAGGGAGCUAGACAGCUGUCUAAAAAGAGAAUAUACACCAGAAAGCUUACCUUUGUUGCUGUAUCAGUUUUUUAUAGACAGAAUCCCACAGUUAGUCCAAAGCAAAUACUUACAUUUGCUUAGAUGGAAAAGAUUUUGUCAGCACAGCAGUGUUAUUGAACAACUGUACCCUUUCUACCAGAAACAAGUGGCUCAAAUUAUGCAGGAGUACAACGAUGCUGUUCAAAGAGCUGCAAGACUUUCAAAUGUACGGGAAAAUUUUCUGACUGGAAAAGAAAUUCCUAUAAACCUGGUGACCCAGGAAGACUUGAUGAUCUAUACACAAUGGCUAAUAUGUCACUUGCACUCACUUAAGAUCAUCCACACCUAUCUCCAGGUACUCCAACACUUGCCUAUCUCUCAUAGGACAGAGGUAGCCAUUGACAGACAUCCACUUCAAGGUGAUGGAGAUAAAUUCAAAGCUUUUGGCAAAAUGGAAUUUUUGUCUCCUAGUAUGCAGGUCUCUGACCACUCAAACACUUCAGCCAUAGAGGGAUCCAUCUCAAAGAGAACAGUUCCCCAGCACACCACAGAAAUUGACCAACUGAAACCACAGCUCAGACUUCUGCUUUCUCAAUUGGAUAUUAGUUAUGAUGUAGAGAAUCUGAGACAUUCUGCUAAUGAGAUGGAACUUUUUUCCAUGGUCAAACAUAAAUUUAGGAGCAUUUUCAAUAAACAACAAACAAUGAGAACAUUUCCUGUUUAUGAUGCUGGAACCCCUGGAUCAGAAACAUUGGGUAUGGUGAGCUCCAACGUGACUUUGAAAAAGAGAGCAAAUUGGACCUCUUUUAUAAAGAUUAAGCCUCAACAAGAUCCAUGGCAACAAAAACUACUAAUGAAACUGAAACAGUGGAAAAAGGUAGAUGAACAGCUGCAGAUUCAAUCAAAAACGUUAGAGGCUUCCAAUCUGGAGUACGUGAUGGAGGCUCUCCAGGAGCAAGCGGUAACAAUGCUAGAGCCAACACCAAUGACCUCUUCCUUUACGAGUUCUUUCCAUUCAAAACAUUACAAUCAAAUCUGGGAAAAGCUUUAUCGCAAUCCAGAACUCUAUCAGCAGGGGCAGCAAACAAAUGACAACAAUAGCAAUCUUAUCAUGACAAUGAAUGAGAAAAGCAUGGAAAGUGUCAACUUUAAAAAGGGUUCUGCUUUUUCAGGGAUGAAGAAAGAUGGAAGCAAAUCGACUGCCUCACAGCUGCUGGGUUUAGAUGAGGACAUGGAAGCUCCCAGCAAAGAUCUUGCCAUGAGAAAAGGUGGAUAUUUGUCUCUCCUUUAUUUACGUCACUUGAGAAUCAGAGAAUUACAGAGAAUUUGCUUGGGAAUACUCAACUAUUUCCGAUCCAUUGAAAGAACUCUAACCAUCAGCACCUCUGGUCUUGCCUUGCGCACUGGCAAUCUGAUUUCCACUGCAGAAGACGCCAGCUGGGUGAAUGCAGCCAAAGGAGGCACUGGUGCCUUUGGGGGUCUUGGCUCCCACCCUUACAUGCAUUAUACUCCAGCUGACUAUAAGGUCCACAGUGUGCAGUUUAUGGAGUUUGCAGAGGUGGAAAAUCAUGAUGAUUUUUAUACUGUUGAAGAGGCAUAUAUUCAUACGCAGGAUCAAAGAGGGGCUUUUGUAAUGUAUGAUGUUGCCCUCCAAGACCUGAAAGAGAUAGAAAAGCAACUUUUGCUUGUGGCAAGCCAGUACAUUGAGAUGGAGAAGGGCCAGAAAGCAGGCCCUGAUUCCUCUAGCAACAGCUACUCAAGGUGGGCACAGACAUCAGUGGAUCGAUCUGCAGUCUUGCUUGACCUUUGGACUUGUGAAGCAGAUUUCUUAAAAAAUAAGUGGCAGCUUCUCGAUAGUUAUUUUGAAGCAUACCAGCAUGCUUUAGAUUCAGAAGAAAGAUUUGCAUUGGCCCAAGUAAUAACUGAUAUCACGUACAGGCGUCCUCGAUUUGAUUUCCACCUUGGGUAUUUUGUGAACACCUAUAGAGAUGAAUGCGCUUGCCUUAAGCUUCACCUCUACUUGGUGAGAGAUAUCAUGAACCGACAGAUAGAGAAUCAGCGUAAAUAUAACUAUAAGAUUUGGCGUGAUGGUCCCAAAGGUUGUAUCUCUGAAUUUGGUUUUCCCUCAUAUGUAGUUACAAAACAAUUAAUUGCUCUCAGUAACAGCCCUACAGCUCUGAAGAAUAUGUAUUUAUUGGAAUUCCAUUCCUCCCUUGGCCUGGUAUCUUUAAUUCCUAAAGCUCUAGAUCAUAUCCUUCAGGAGUUCCAACAAAUCUGUAGGCCAAACACAGCCAGUGAGGCCAUUCAUUUGGAGGAACAUAUACUUCAACUUUCGUUGGAUGGAUGGAUGACCAUGGAAAAUCCAGAAUCUUUUUAUGGUGCUCAAAUUCAGAGAGAUAUAUUUGCAGAUGUUCUGGUUGAGGAUCCUCUUAUUGUAAGAGAAAUUGUUACAUCAGCCCUGAAAUCAAUAGCAGAAGAAGAACAGAGACUGAGCAAAGAAAAACAGGCUAUUACUCUGAAUGUCUUCUCAAGGCUCCUUGAACUUCUGACCCUCCGUCAUCGGUUGAUUGAGGCAGCAGUAGAAGGAGCACAGCUGAGCAG